AUGUCUUCCUCCCUCAACCCCGAGAUCGACGGUCACACCUACAAGCGACAAAAGACAGACGACAUCAACUCGUCGGACCCAAAAGUAGCUCGAAGAGCAAAAUUCGAAGCUGUAUUCGAUGUGAUUGCGAAGGAAUUGUUGGAUUAUGUGAAAGGUGAAGGUAUGCCUAAAGAUGCUAUGGAGUGGUAUGAGAAGGUAUUGUACCAUAACACUCCUGGAGGUAAACUCAACAGAGGUAUGUCAGUGGUAGAUACCGUUGAGAUCCUCAAGGGACGACAAUUGGAGGAAGAGGAAUACAAGAACGCUGCUAUUUUGGGAUGGUGUGUUGAACUCCUCCAAGCGUAUUUCCUCGUUGCGGACGAUAUAAUGGAUCAAAGCGUUACCAGAAGAGGUCAACCAUGUUGGUACAAGAUGCCCAACGUCGGUAAUAUCGCUAUCAACGAUGCGUUCAUGCUCGAAGCUGCCAUUUACCAUUUAUUGAAGAAGCAUUUCAGACAAGAGAAAUACUACGUUGAUCUCAUUGAGCUUUUCUUAGAGACCACUUUCCAAACUGAACUCGGUCAAUUGGUCGACCUUAUCACCGCUCCUGAAGAUCACGUAGACUUGAACAAAUUCUCACUUGAAAAACACCACCUUAUCGUAGUCUACAAAACCGCCUACUACUCAUUCUACCUUCCCGUAGCACUCGCAAUGUACAUGUCUGGCGUCGAAGCCAAAUCAGCAUACGACCUUGCUCUCUCCAUCCUCAUUCCACUCGGUGAAUAUUUCCAAGUUCAAGAUGAUUACUUGGACUGUUAUGGUAAACCUGAACAUAUCGGUAAGAUUGGUACGGAUAUUUUGGAUAACAAGUGUUCGUGGAAUGUCAAUACCGCUUUGAAAUUCGCUACUCCCGAGCAAAGAAAGAUACUUGAUGAAAACUACGGUCAAAAAGAUUCCGAAAAAGAAGCCAAGAUCAAAGCUAUCUUCUCACAAGAACCCAUCUCUAUCCCUCAGCGAUUCGAAGCUUACGAAAAGGAAUCGUACGAGAAGAUCAACGGUUUGAUCGAAUCUGUUGAUGAGGAAGGUACAGGUUUGAAGAAGGAGGUAUUCAGAAGUUUCUUGGCUAAAGUAUACAAGAGAUCCAAGUAA